UCCAAACUUAUUUUAUAAUCAAAAUCGAAGUAUUUUAAUUUUGUUGGUUUCAUGUAAUCAUUUUAAUUUAUUUUAUUACUAAUUAUUAAACAAUCAGAAUUUGAUAAAAUGGCAGCGAAUCAAACGCCGCAAAAAAUACGAGAACUUCGAUUACCAUUAGCAAGAGUUCGUACAAUAAUGAAAAGUUCACCGGAUGUCGAAUCUAUUGGGCAGGAUGGUUUAUUUUUAGUUACUAAAGCUACGGAAAUGUUUAUCCACUAUUUGGCAACAGAAGCUUACACCAAAGCGAAUCAAAAAAACGCAUUAGACUAUAAACAUCUAGCAGAAGUGGCACAAACUAAUGAGACUUUAGAAUUUCUUAAAGAAAUAAUGCCUCGCAAAAUAACAGUAAGACAAUUCAAAGAACUGAUGGCUGCUAAAGAGGCUGCUGCACAAAGUAGUUCAUCUGGUAGUUCCGAUUCUGAUAGUGACAGUCAGUCGGAUUCGGACUCAGCCUCGGACAGUGAUUCAAAAAAAGACGAUGAUGAAGAUGAUGAUAAUGAAGAAGAUGAUGAUGAUGACCAUAGUAGUGAGGAUAAUAAAUCUAUAUCAAAUGGUAAAAACAAUUCGAAAAUGAGUGGAUCUAGUAGUGAAAGUGAACAUGAUGACUGAAAUAAAUUAUUAGUUUUUAAUUUUCAUAUCAUUUUUUUAUUUAUGAUAAACAUUCAUUGGUAUUCAUUUUUAAUUCUAUUAUUUAUGAACAAAAUUAGUGUUUACUUUUUUUUUUUAGU